AUGUCUUUGUCUAAAGAAAAUUUGGAAUUCGACGAAACUUCUCAACGUGAACUCACAAAAUUUCUCGAAGGGGAAAAUGCAAAAGCGCGGCUACAACAGUCUGUACACAUGUUUACCGACCUUUGCUGGGACAAGUGUAUCGGAAAAAUCGGGAAUAAACUUGAUCGGUUGGAGGAGCAAAAGAACCAGUUGUCAUAG